CUCUUUCAACACCUCACUAUUGUCGUCGCUAACAACAUUAAUAAUUUAGUCAAUUUCAAUUUCAAGUCAACUCACCUUUUUUUCCUUAAACAUCCCCUCUUCUCAAUUUUAACAAAAAUUAGCUACCAAUUUCUAUCAUCAAUUUAUUUAUUUAUUUAUUACCUGUGGAAAAGUCAGCCAACUUCUUCCUCAGAAACUUCAGAUUUUCAACAUACUUUUUUAUUUUUUUUAUUUUUUAAUUUUUAUAUCUUGAGUUUUAUUCCAUUUCCAUGGAAUUUGAUUAAAUUUCUGAAUCAAAAUAUGAAAGCCAAAGACUUCAUCAAGAGCAUGAUGAAUCCUUUUAAAUUCUACUCUGACAAAGGUUCAAAAGAGGCAGAUUUGCAGAAGAUUGCAGCACAAGAGCAAAAACAAUUUUCAUAUGAGACAUUAAUCAAAGCAACUGAUAAAUUUCAUUCUUCUCACAAGCUUGGUGAAGGGGGUUUUGGUCCUGUUUUUAAGGGUAAAUUGUUGGAUGGAAGAGAGGUAGCAGUGAAAAUGCUGUCACAGCAUUCAAGACAAGGGCAGAAAGAAUUCAUCAAUGAGGCAAAGUUGUUAGCUCGUGUGCAACAUAGAAAUGUUGUGAAUUUGUUGGGUUAUUGUACACAUGGUGAAGAUAAACUCCUUGUUUAUGAAUACGUCUCCAAUGAAAGCGUUGACAAGCUUCUAUUCAAGCCAGAUAAGCGUCAACAACUUGAUUGGAAAAAACGGUAUGAAGUUAUAGCAGGUGUAGCUAAAGGAUUGCUUUACCUUCAUGAAGACUCACAUAGUUGCAUCAUUCACCGUGACAUCAAGGCUAGUAAUAUCUUACUUGAUGACAAAUGGAUCCCUAAAAUUGCUGAUUUUGGCAUGGCUCGUCUCUUUCCUGAAGAUCAAACACAUGUAAAUACUAGAGUUGCGGGUACCAAUGGUUAUAUGGCUCCAGAAUAUGUCAUGCAUGGCCAUUUAUCAGUGAAAGCCGAUGUAUUCAGUUUUGGAGUUUUGAUGCUUGAGCUGAUUAGUGGUCAGCGGAACUCUUCAUACAAUCUAUCCCUUGAUGCUCAAAAUUUACUUGAUUGGGCUUACAAGCUAUUCAAAAAAAGCAGAAGUCUGGAUGUUUUGGACCCAUCAAUAGCAAGCACGGCAGAUGCAGAACAAGUAGCUCUAUGCGUUCAAAUAGGACUGUUAUGCACCCAAUCAGAUCCUAAUUUAAGGCCAUCAAUGCGUCGUGUAGUGGUUUUGUUGUCAAGGAAACCAACGAGCCUGGAAGAACCAACCAGGCCUGGCUUCCCUGGUUCAAGAUAUCGGAGGUCACGGAAUCCAGGUGGAUCAUCCUCUCAUACUGCAUCUUCGGGUGCAUCUUCCUCAACUAAAACUGAUCACACCUCCAGUACGAUGAGUGUCACCAACACCACCACCACCACCCAUACUGCUAGGAGUCUAGGUUCAGAUCCUCGUGGUAAACGGCCUAUGAGACAGAGUGGGUAAUAAUUUUCAAGGAUAAAUUAGAAGAAUGAUAAGGAGGGAGUUUGUUAUUCUUCUAAAAUUUUGUACAUAACAAUUUGUUUGUAUACCUUUUUUUUUUGGUUUUAGGAAUGUAAAUGAGGAUAGGUUGAAGGGAAGGUGGACUAUAUUGUUCAUCGUGAUCAUCACAAGCUAUGAAAUUCAUUGAAUUUCCUUCUUUUUUUUCUUCUAGAGAGAGGUACAUAGCUUUUUAUUUACCGUCUUUAUUUCAUAUUAUUUACAACGAUGUAACAUAAAGUGUGAGUGAAAAAUGUUUAAUUGUUGCAAAUCAUAAUAAACGGAUGUAGGUAUAGUUUGAGGGAAGGUACA